GAAAUGCACCCGAGCCGCUGCGGGGGAUAGUCGGGGCCGGCUGCUUACUGAGAGCGGCAAAGAGCAGCGAUGGCCUGGACGAAGUACCAGCUCUGCUUGGCGGCGCUGAUGCUGAUCACCGGCUCCAUCAACACGCUUUCCGCGAAGUGGGCUGACAAGCUGAAGGCACCAGGCUGCCAUGGGACAGAACCACAUAAUUUCCAGCAUCCCUUUGUACAGGCAGUGGGCAUGUUUCUGGGGGAAUUUUCCUGCCUGGCUGUCUUCUACCUCCUGCUCUGCACUGACCGGAGGAGGCCAGAACCCACCAUGACACCACCUCAGUCCUUUAACCGAUUGCUGUUCUUGCCUCCAGCACUAUGUGAUAUGACAGGGACCAGCCUCAUGUAUGUGGCUCUGAACAUGACCAGCGCGUCUAGCUUUCAGAUGUUGCGUGGAGCUGUGGUCAUCUUUACUGGUCUGCUCUCAGUAGCUUUCCUGGGGAGGAAGCUAGUACUGAGCCAAUGGCUGGGCAUCCUGAUCACCAUUGUAGGGCUGGUGGUGGUUGGCCUGGCAGAUUUGCUGAGCAAUCAUGAUGAAAGCCACAAACUGAGUGAGAUCAUCACAGGUGACCUUCUCAUCAUUAUGGCCCAAGUUAUUGUGGCCAUUCAGAUGGUGCUGGAGGAGAAGUUUAUCUACAAGCACAAUGUUCACCCUCUGCAGGCGGUUGGCACUGAAGGUUUCUUUGGGUUCGUCAUACUCUCCAUCAUCCUGGUGCCCAUGUACUUCAUACCUGGGGGCAGUUUCAGCGGUAAUCCACGGCAGGUACUGGAAGAUUCUAUAGAUGCCUUCUGCCAGAUUGGCCAUCUGCCACUUAUUGCUGUAGCCCUGCUGGGCAAUAUCAGCAGCAUUGCCUUCUUCAACUUUGCUGGCAUCAGUGUCACGAAAGAGAUCAGCGCCACCACCCGGAUGGUACUCGAUAGCUUGCGCACCAUUGUCAUCUGGGUUGUCAGCCUGGCCAUUGGCUGGGAGGUCUUUCAUGGACUGCAGAUCCUGGGUUUCCUCAUCCUUCUCGUUGGAGCUGCCCUUUAUAAUGAACUGCACCAGCCCCUCCUUGCUCGCCUGCCCUGGGGGAGGCCACCAGCAGGGGUUGCAGUGAGAGAUGUUGAUAGAGAAGGUCUGCUGGCCACAGAGGAGCUUUCCAUUAACGGAGAUAGUUGAUGGCAACGGAACUCUUACUUCUGCACCGCAACUUUGGACCUUUUUAUUGAAUGAAUUGGCCUGUAUUGCUGGGAGAUCGGGCUAAAAACACUCAACUAGUUUCAAGAUCUGCUCUGUAGCUCUGGGGAUGCUUUGCUUAACUUUAAACAUCUGGGUGGCUCUCCAUUAUUUCAUUCUUCUGCCUUUUACUGAAGGAAGCAGAGGGGCCUUGUUACCCUUUCUCUAGCAACCACAGAGUAGAGGUCUGCUGCUGCUAAGCAGCCCUCAAGUGGCUAUGGGCUCUCCCCUGGGGUUGCUUAGAAGCCAUCUAAAGCCUUGCUCUAUCAUUCUUCAUCUGCAUUUUGGGAUGGGGACAGUGGACGUCAUUGGGAAGAUUUCCUGGAAACCUUAUAGUUCCUAAGCUGUACCAUCUGCCUUGUGGGUACCUGUCAUUUCAUUGUUUAUCUUCUGUUAAAAUAACACCACAAAGCAAUUGGAGGAGGACCUUUGCUUGUCCCCAAUAGUCCAGCCUGCAUAGAAGAUACUCUCAUGCUUUUGCCAAGUAGAAUCUUGUCUACUCUAUUUUAAAAAGGCGAGUGUUAAGUUUCCCUGAAACACAAUUUUCAUAAUUUUUCAUUCUCAUUAUUCUGCAGGAUCCAAUCUGAUUUGGUCACCAGAAGUUUCAUCUUCCAAACUUU